AUGACAGCCCAUAUAUCAGCGCUACGUUAGCUGUUCUCAGAGCGCUGUGUUAACGCUGUUUUUAUCGUACCGCUAGCGACGUGUUAGCCAGCUAGGUAGGCUAACACAGCUAGCUGCCCUGCUCGUAAGCUGACUCAGUCAGACAGCAGCAGGAUUUGGUCGGGAGGUGUGUGUGCACUGUCCGUCUCCUGCUUCGUUUGAGUCGACGGCACACUUGACAACACAUGACAAACUAUUGUCCAGAUUAUGAACGGUGAAAGAUCCAGACCGGACUCCCCCCUGUACGGGUGAUGGCAGCACGUCUGCAGUCAUAUGACAGUAACUCCAGUGACACCGAAAACUGGGAACGAAACGCAACAAGCCGACCUCGCAAACUCUGCAAGCACUCGAGCAGCAGCCAGGCCCGAACAUCUCGACUGGAGGCCGAACAGAGGAAGAUGAGCCUGCAUGGUGCCAGUGGAGGCUGUGACCGCUCACGUGACCGCCGCCGCUCCAGCGAUCGCUCCAGGGACUCCUCACAUGAGAGAGAAGGCCAGCUCACCCCCUGCAUUCGCAACGUCACCUCACCCACCCGCCAACACAACAGCGACCGUGAUCGAGAUGGUGCCCCGUCUUCGAGGCCCAGUAGUCCACGGCCUCAGAGAGUGUCUCCUAGCGGCUCCAGCAGCAGCGGGGUGGUGAGCAGUCGCAACAGCAGUCUGUCCAGCACUGAAGGCACCUUCAAAGGCUUAGGAGUUGGAGAAAUGGUCUUUGUCUACGAGAAUCCCAAGGAAGGAGGAGCGACUGCCACUGUGGGAAACCGAAACAUGAGGACCUCAGAAAGAGUUACUCUGAUUGUUGACAACACGCGCUUCGUAGUAGAUCCUUCCAUCUUCACUGCACAACCCAAUACCAUGCUGGGCAGAAUGUUUGGAUCUGGAAGAGAACAUAAUUUCACACGGCCCAACGAGAAGGGAGAGUACGAGGUGGCAGAGGGCAUUAGCUCCACAGUUUUCCGAGCAAUUCUGGAUUACUAUAAAUCUGGGAUAAUCCGCUGUCCUGAUGGAAUCUCCAUCCCUGAGUUACGGGAGGCGUGUGACUAUCUAUGCAUCUCCUUCGACUACAGCACCAUCAAAUGCAGAGACCUUAGUGCCCUGAUGCAUGAGCUGUCCAAUGAUGGAGCUCGGCGACAAUUUGAGUUUUACUUGGAGGAAAUGGUUCUGCCUUUGAUGGUGGCCAGUGCCCAGAGUGGAGAGAGGGAAUGUCACAUUGUAGUCCUUACCGAUGAUGAUGUGGUCGACUGGGAUGAAGAAUAUCCACCACAAAUGGGAGAAGAGUAUUCGCAAAUCAUCUACAGCACAAAACUGUAUAGAUUUUUCAAGUAUAUCGAGAACCGAGAUGUUGCCAAAUCAGUUUUAAAGGAGAGAGGAUUGAAGAAAAUCAGACUGGGAAUUGAAGGCUACCCUACAUACAAAGAGAAGGUGAAAAAACGACCAGGUGGCCGUCCAGAGGUCAUUUACAACUACGUCCAGAGGCCCUUCAUCCGCAUGUCCUGGGAAAAAGAAGAGGGUAAAAGUCGCCAUGUGGAUUUCCAGUGCGUCAAGUCCAAGUCCAUCACUAACCUGGCAGCAGCAGCAGCAGACAUCCCCCAGGACCAGCUGGUGGUGAUGCACCCUGGCCCCCAAGUGGAUGAACUGGACAUCCUGCCUAAUCACCCACCUAGUGGGAAUCACUACAGCAACAACUACAGCAACGAGCCUGACCCUGAUGCACCAUCACCUGCUGUCUGAGGAUACACUGAUCCUCUUUCAAUGCCUCUGCCCCUCUCUUACUCCUCUAGCCCUAUUCCCAGCAUGCUGCAGCAUGGAGCGCCAGGGGCACCAUAACCAUAUUGCCUUGACACCUCCUUUGCAGCCUUAGAGCCUCAAGAACCUGGUUGACUGUAGAGAAAGGAACGUGAGGGACAUAAGACUGGUGAAAAGAAGUGUUCACUAUUGUUUUCAUUUUGUUUUUUACUUGACCAAAGGAAUUUAUUUUUCUGUUCGGGGGGGAUCAGUAAAACACUUAUUAUUAACAUUAUUAUUUACAAUGUUAUCGUACCUUAAUUUGAUGGUUUGGCCGAGCACUCUUAUAGUGUUACUGUUUUCUCACAGGAUUUAUUUCACUGAUAAGUUUGAUUUUGAUUCUCUUGGGUGGCCUAACUACUAAACGUGCUUUGGGGUGGGGGGGGAUACAAAACUUGACGUUCUGGUCAUGGAGAAAAUCAGUCAUCACCACUUAGUGUCAUGAUCUCCAGUUGAACUUCUCUCAGAUGUCUUCGAAUCUUGUAAUUGGGUAUGUAGUCAUUGGCUGGAUCUGAUAUGUGAUGUUAUGCUCCUCCCGCUGCCAAGAUAUUAAGCAGAGCACAGGCUGUUGUGGUAAGAAUCUUUUUGUGCAAAGCUUGAAAUUGUUGUUUAAAAAUAAAACGUAAAAUCAUCAAAUAAAGACAUCAAAAUAA